AAAAAAAACAAAAGCGAAAUAACUCAACUGAUUAACGUAUAUAUUUGCAGCAGCCAUAGCUGCCGGCGGAGGCGGAGACUCGCGAAUGUUGGCCUGUAGCUCUCUCAUCAGAGCUAACUUUCGAGCUUGGAAGAGUACAAACAUAUGUGUGAAAUCAAAGUUCUCGCUGUACUUUCAGAAAUAUAAAUUUUGCCAUGGUUUGAGCUUUGAUCUGAAAAUGGAUAUUCGAAAGGGAAAGCAAGUUCAUAUUGAUCGGAGAAAGCGAAAAGUUGUAACGCAAGCAUGGAGACCAGUGUCUACUCAAUCUACUUGCUCUGAGGGUGAUGGUGAAAAGGUGAAGCUACAAAAUACAGUGGAGGAAGUACACUAUGCUAUCUCUUCAACUGUUUCAACAUCAAUAAGUGAAAAUACCAACUCUAAGGCUUUAAAUGAGGCAGUAGGCCCAGAUCCAUGUCCUCAAAUAGAAAGUAGCAAUGAUGAUAUAUCUUUAGAUGGAAAGAUUAUGACCUCUGAGAAACAUUCAGUAUCAAUGGAGAUAGGAGGAUCCUUAAUGCGAUUCAUUAAAGGAAAAGGGGGAGGCACUCAGGAGGAAAUUGAGAAGGAGGCUGGGGUUAAAAUUAUAUUUCCAUCAUCUAAAAAAGAGGAUUCUAUCAUCAUUGAAGGCAACUCUGCUGAAUGUCUUACUAAAGCGUCUGAGAGAAUACAAGCUAUUAUUGAUAAGGCAGUUAAUAGUCGAACUUUUGACUAUUCUCACUUUGUUUCACUUCCCUUGGCUAUUCAUCCUGGGCUGGUUGACAAACUUGUCAAUUUUCAGAAUACAAUACUUGGAAUCGCAGCAUCAGAUAAAGAUAAGAAUCUGGAUAGUGAUACAGGUGGGGAGACUUCAGAUGAGGGAGAGGAUGACCAGCACCCGAUUGAAGCUUCCAAAGUUUCUGUUGAACUGAAAGCUGAAGAAGCUGAUGCUCAUGUUAAAGUAAAUAUAAUGAGCGAUCAGCACCCAACUGAUGCUCCCCUAGUUACUGUUGAACUCAAAGCUGAAGAUGCCGAUAGACCUGUUAAAGUAAAUUUAACCAAUAUUCCUCUGGUAAGUUACCGUCCAAAAGAGUCGAGAGGUCCUGCCCAAGAGACCAGUUCUUCUAAGACAAAAGAGUCAGGGAUUGAAAGGUCCAUAUUCAUCAAACCAAAAACCUUUCACUUAACUGUUCUCAUGCUGAAGUUGUGGAAUAAGGAACGAGUUAAAGCAGCUGCAGAGGUUUUGCAGAGUGUAUCAUCAAAAGUUGUUGAAGCUCUAGAAAAUCGUCCAGUUGCGAUAAGACUGAAGGGACUGGACUGCAUGAGAGGUUCUUUGGCCAAGGCUCGUGUAGUUUAUGCUCCUAUAGAAGAAAUUGGUAGCGAGGGGCGCCUCUUGCGUGCCUGUCAAGUUAUUAUCGAUGCAUUUGUUGAGGCUGGCUUGGUCAAUGAAAAAGAUGCUCAACAGAAACUGAAGUUGCAUGCCACACUUAUGAAUGCACGCCACAGAAAAAGGAAGAAGAAAACAAGAAAGCUCGACUCAUUUGAUGCCAGAGGCAUUUUUGAUCUAUAUGGUUCUGAAGAAUGGGGCGAAUAUCUUAUUCGUGAAGCUCAUCUUUCUCAAAGGUUUGUGUUCGAUGAGAAUGGCUACUACCACUGCUGUGCUUCAAUUCCCUUUCCCGACAACAUGCAAGUAGAUUGAGUUAAUUUCUUUGAAGGUUUGACCACUCGUAAUUUUUUUUAGUAGGAACAAUAAGAAGGAUUUGUAGACUUCUGUGUCCCUGAUAGUUGUUUGUUAUGUUGCACAUGCUUCUUUGGCAAUGAAGAAUUUUCAUGGACAAGACAGAUUUAUAUGGAAAAUGUUUCAAAUGAGAAAGAAUGAAUUCACUUAUCAAGUGUUGAUAA